AUGGAGGUCGCUCGUACCUCCAUGAUCCAUGCGGCUGCUCCCCAUCUUCAGUGGCCGUUUGCGGUCCGGUCAUUGGUGACUCUGGUGCUGCUCGAGGUGCUGCGUCUGGGGGUGCUGAGCCUGCUCUUGCGGAGCCUGAGCAUGCGGAGCCUUGAGGUGCUGAGCCUGCAAGUGCGGAGCACGAGGGUGCUGAGCCUGAGCGUGCGGAGCCUGGGGGUGCUGAUCCUGCGGGUUUGGAGCCUAAGGGUGCUGCGUCUGAGCAUGCGGGGCCUCGGGUUGCUGAGCCUAAGCGUGCGGAGCCUGGGGGUGCUGAGUCUGGGGGUGCUGAGCCUAGGGGUACUGUGUCUACACUACGGGAGCCUCUCUCGCCACAGCAGCUGCGCGAGUGGUACACUCGGCGCACACACCUACGGAGUGGCAGUGCUGGAGCUGGAGGCCCUGAAUUUGCUAGUCCUGGAGGUUAUAGAGGUACUACUAGUACUGAAGGUACUGGGGGUGCUGGAGCUACUAGUCCUGGAGGUGCUACUGGUGCCUCGCCCCAACGGUCUAGCCGGCGGGAGCCUCUCUCACCACAGCAGCUGCGCGAUUGGUACACUUGGCGCACCCGCCUUCGAAGUCGUGCUGCUACUGGAGCUACCGGGGGGAAGUGCUGGAGCUGCUACUGGAAGUGCUGGAGCUGCUGGUCCUGGAGGUGCUGGAGCUGCUGGUCUUGGAGGUGCUCGUGUUGGAGGUACUGGACCUACCGGGGCUGGUGGUGGUGGUGCUGCUGGAGGUACUGGAGCUGCUGGAGGUACUGGAGGUGCUGGAGCUGCUGGAGCUGGUGGUGCUGCAGGUGCUGAAGCUGGAGACCCUGGAGCUGGAGGUGCUGGUGCUAGGGGUACUGGAGCUGGAGACCCUGGAGCUGGAGGUUCUGGUGCUUGGGGUGCUGGAGCUGUCGGUACUGAGCGUCGCGAGCCUGCGUCUCACCUUGCCUCGCCUAUUCGUGCUGGUCGCACUGGUAGUCGUGUUCCGCGUCUGCGUCCUCCUCCUUUCCCCGGCACUCACAGUAUGACACUUCGUCCUUCCUCUGUUCCACUUCGAGCUCCCCUGCCGUAUCAUCAUGUGUCCUCUCUUCCCGACGGUCCAGACCCUGAGUCUGACUUAGUUCGUGCUGCCAGUUCUACUGUCACCCUUCUCCUAGCCACUAUUGUCACCGACCCUUCGUUUGAGUCCAUUGCCGCGUCUGCCCUAGUUGCUGAGCUUGUCGACUUUGCUGCUAGCUGUCGACUCGACUACGCCACUAUUCUUGUUGCUUAG